CUUGUGGUCACAUCGCGACAGGAACGCGACAGGAACACGAAAAUGCAGUCAUGGAGACUGUGCGGUAUAACGCUCCUUACAGUGCUACCACACAAGAGUACUCCUCCUUCCACACAGGCAAACAGCACCACUCAGCUUCCUCUUGGCCCUCCCAUCAGGGCUUCGUUUCCCCAGGUCCCUAUCCAGUCUUCCCCAGUCCCUUGCGCUCCCAUUCGUUGUGUCUUUGGCGCGGACCUUCUCUGGUCGCCCUUAUCACUGUGUCAUUGGCCAUAAUGGGUGAUAGAGGGGCUGAGUGAGGGGACAGAAGACGCGCGACCGAGCGAGGAGUCGAGUCCCGGCAAUGUACUGUUUGCUGACCAGCCGGUGCUGUGCUGUACGUGCUGCUUGGGUUACACCUGCUGCACGACUGUGCAUAUGGUAGUAUUUGAGCUGUCUCUUGUCUCUUGCCCCUCACAGCAUUCUCGCUCAGCCACAUCUACCUCGGAUAGUUUGAGGGCGGGAGGAGAUAGAGUAAGGGAUCUCACGACCUUGUUGCGCCGCGUUAUGGUGACGACGUCCAACGAAGGCAUAAAGCAUGACGAAGUCCAACAAACUCUGAGUGUCGUGUAGAGUGAAGUGGAGCGAGCACCUAUUCUCAUCACCAACAGAUCAGACAUGCUAACAUACUCUCGGGUAUUGGGGACUGCCUAUACUAUACCUGCAUCCAGUGACCCGCUACCUAUCGGCCACGACGUGCGGCCACCUCAUCAUGCACAGCUUGUGAACGCACCUACUCAAUUGAUCCUUCCGCUCCCUCAGGAAUCAGCCCCCAUCGCAGCCGCCCAUCCUUCUCGACUCCAUCCCGCUGAUCUAAAUAAAGAUGGAGGUUUCGUUUUGCCGCUGACAAUCUUAUCGCUGGCGCGUAUCUUCGGUGGGCGCGUAUCAUUACUCUAUCACUUUCUAGCUUCGUUUCGCGGCGCUUAAACUAUGUGGUCACGUGCAUGUCAAAGUUUGGGUCGUGGGGAAAUAGGCGGCUAUUGUUGACAAGGGCCUAUCUUAGUCCGGCGACAUCAUUCGAGAUAAUUGUCGUCAUCGAUUAUGAAAGAUGAAGAAAGCUAAACGUCAGCCUAUUAUUUUAGCUUCAUACCACGAGUAAGAACAACUGUUCUCUCGUCUGACCGGUGCCUAGUCUACCUGUAUCCGGCCCUGGAUUGGCUCAGAAAGGUCAAACAGCUGUCAGGCCAUCCGAGGAUUCCGAGCGAGUAUUCACCUACUGUAUCACAUUUCCACUCCACCGUGAUGGCCUCACGAUAUAGCCCCCCGACCCCUCCAAACACUCUCACUGCAACCCCCACCAUGCCAAUGCUCAGUCCCAUCCUCCUGAGCUGCCUCCUGGUAGCCAGUCUCUACAUGAUGUUCACCUGGCACAGCGCCGAGUCGGCGCUCUCCAACCCCUGGGUCCCGCCGCCCGAGAUCGACCUCUUCGUGCAACGCAUCAAGGGCAAUGAUUCCGAACUUGCAUCGUACGCAAGCGCGCUAAUUACCGCGACGCCGCUGCGUACAAGCGGCCGGCACAUCCUCGAUGCGGAUGAUAAACCCAUCAAGCUCGCGUCGGUGAAUUGGUACGGUGGCAGCGAUGAGCUCUUCGUGCCCUCGGGGCUGGAUAUCCAGCACCGCUCUGCUAUUGCGAGGACGAUCAGGAAGUUGGGGUUUAAUAGUGUGCGCCUGCCUUAUUCAGACGAAAUGGUUGUUACCAAUCCUCGCAUACCCCCGGGAUUGCUGGCCGCGAACCCCGACCUAGUCAACCUUCGCGCUUUGGACGUCUUCGAAGCUGUGAUCAACGCCCUCACGGAAGAGGGGCUAGCGGUGGUGGUGAAUAACCAUAUCACGCAUGCGACGUGGUGCUGCGGCGCCAAUCCGUGCGAUGGGCUGUGGUACAACACGCACCUGCCGGCAUCCGCAUGUCGGAUCCACCAGUCCGAGUCGGGGUGGGUGGACAACUGGGUCACGGUUAUGGGACCGCAUGUUGACAACCCCUUGGUCAUCGCUGCGGAUUUGAGGAAUGAGGUUAGAGCGCUUUGGGGGACGAUGAGUUGGGAGAGGUGGGCGAGGGCGGCGGAGAGGGCGGGGAAUAGGUUGUUGGGCAUGAGGAGCGAUUGGUUGAUUGUGGUGGGGGGGUUGGGCUCGCAAAAUUUUCUGAAUGAGGUGAGAGACAGGCCGGUUAAGCUGGUGGUGCCGGGGAGGGUGGUGUAUUCGUCGCAUGUGUAUAGUUGGUCGGGGUGGGGGAGUCGGGAUGGGCGGUAUGCGAAGAGGCCGUAUGCGUCGUUUGUCAAGUCGAUGAGGGAGAAUUGGGGGUAUCUGGUUGAGGGGAACAUUGCGCCUGUGUGGGUUGGGGAGUUUGGGGCACCAGCUAAGCCGGGGGAGGGAGAUGCGAGAUACUGGGGCCACUUGAUGAGGUAUUUGAAGAAGAUUGAUGCGGAUUUUGCGUAUUGGGCUAUUAAUCCCAGGAAACCAAGAGAUGACGAUGAGGAGACGUAUUCGUUGGUGGAGGAUGAUUGGGAGACGCCGGUGUUGGACUACAGGAUGAAAGAUAUGCUGGAGCUGAUGGAGAAAAAGCAUAAGAAAAUGUGAGAGCUGAAGGAGUUGCCGUUCUAAGGCGUGGAAGGAUCACAUUUUGUACCACCGGAUGACCGUACGAUUUAUGCUGGCUAGUGGGGAGAAGGAUAUGCACUUCUCUGUGAUUUAAGGCGCUUAUGGAAAACAAAUUGUAACAGAGGUUAACUUAGAUCAUGGUUAGAUAAAAAUAUACCUCCUUAAUCUGUAG